GAACCUUCACUGACGCACUUAUAAUCUCCUCAAGAAAUGUAACAAGUGUACAAGAACUACAAAAGGAAAGGCUAAAACAUUUGGCUAAAGCUUAUGAGUAUUAUGAAAAUGAUAUCGUAUUAUUAUAUAAUUCUGCUAAAAGACAAAUGCAUGAACAAAAGUUUAAUCCUAAAUGGACAGGACUGUUUUGGAUAGAAAAGAAGUUAGAAACUCAACGUGCUAGAUUAUUAGAACUUUACCAAAGUUUACAAUUAGAUUACACUUCU